AUGCGGGGGGAGCUGGCCGCGGCGCCGCUCCAGGUAAGGGCGGCGGGAACGGCCCCGCGGCGCGGCUCUGCCCGGGGCCCUUCGCCGGCCGCCAACUUCGCCGUGCCGGGAGAGGGCGGCGGGAUCGCCGCCGUCCCGCAGCCGGGCGGAGGGAAAGGGGUGCGGCGGAGCUCAGGGGGUCGGAGCUGCGCGGGUCCCGGCGCUGCGGGAAGGGGCGGCUGCGUGGGCCGAGGGUCGCUCCUCGGGGAGAGGAGCCCCCCGGGCCCCGCAGGGAUGAUGAUGCUUGCGGGCAGCGGGGCGUUCAGCGGGAGCGCCAUCGGAGUGGGCUGA